UUUCGGCUUCGUUGUUUAUCACAAGCACUUUCUUUCAAUGUAACAAAUUCUUCAUCUUCAUCUCUAUCUACACUGCCGCCAGCAUCUACACCACUUUCUUGCCAUGUCCCAAAUCCACUCCAAACUCUCCUCUCCCCGCGCCACCGCCCCCACCAUCCCCUACGACAUCUCAUCCCUCGACCCUCUCCCCGUCGAGAUCCAGAACGUCGUCUAUGACAAGCUGCUCGCCGACCCCGACCUUACUCUCACCCUCGCCGGCCUUUCAAAGUCCCACUACAUCACUCUCAUCCCUCGCCUCUACGAGCGCGUCGAGAUGACCGACAAGGUGGUUGAGAGGGGUUUGUUCGAGGGUCUGCUGGCUGGGGACGAUCACUUGGAGGCUCCUGGAGAAGGGCGAUUGCCGGCCAAGAGGGAUCUACUUGAGAACUGCAAGUCGCUGGUGGUCGAUUCUUUGCCCGCUUUCGACGCUAUCACCGACGCUAUUCAGGCGUGGAAAGCACUUCUCGCAGAGCGACGCGAGACGGGUACCGUGCCCGACGAGCUUGACGGCAUCUUCAACGGCGUCGCUCACUUAGCUUGGGGGCCCGACCUCAUUGACGCCAUGUGCCGAGAGGAAACCGAAAUUGACGGGAAUGGGGUCAAUUUUGGAGGCAGGCAUCACCGACGUUGCUUGUUGUUCAAGAACGUUUGGAACGUCUGUCUGCGUCUCCCCUAUCCUCUCCCCAAGACGACGUGUGACGAAAUGAUGUCUGUAAUCCCCAACUACAUCCACUUCGGGGGGAAAGUCGACAAGAGCUUCAUUCGCUAUCACAAUUGCAAGUCGGACCCGCACAUGAGGAGCGUCGAGUACCCCCUCCGUGGACGUUUGGCUCGCGCCGAUUUGGUGCCCGCGGGGUUCGAGGAGGGUGUUGAUCCGCUGAUAGGUCAGGCCCGCGACAUCGUCACGUAUUGCGUGGGGGAUAUGCAUGACUGGACAAACUUUGACUCGGACGACCUUGAUGAGCAUGCAGAAUAUGCGAGGAAUCCAAUGCAUUUCGUCUUUACCAACAUUGGCACCACUAUCGCCCCCGACGGUACCCUCGCCCAUCUUCCACCCGACCUCAAACAGGCUGUCCUUGAGAAACUCCAGAGGAAGGUCAGGCAUGAGGUACGAGCGAAGUUGCUGGCAUCGGCGCCAAGUCAAGUUUGGGCAGCGGAUAGGAUCCAUCUUCGGGGCCAUGAGGAGUGUAAAUUCUGUCCCCAGGUCUCCUACUAGGCACAAAGGAAAGGAGAGACGAGUGCUUGCUGUUAGCCGGUGGCUGGUCUUGUAUAGUCCGGGCGGUGUUCCUUCCUUCACUGGUCGAGUUGAUUACUUCAUAUUGGCUCUUCUGUAUGCCUGUCGCGAAUGUAUGAUAGUCCUGGCAUAUUGCUCGCGCCAUAUUACCCUUGUCCGCCUUUCGAGAUUGCGCUCCUCUGACCGUGAGCUUCCGCCUCCGGAUUAGCAGUUGAGCCCUAUGCAUACAAUGAAGC